AUGUAUUUAAAAAGCGAUUCAGGAUUAGGAGGAUGGAUAACCAUACCAGCUGUAGCUGAUGUUCUCAAAUAUUCUUGCAUUGUUUGCUGGUCUUCUAGGGAAAAGAAUAAUGUGGAACAGGACCUUAAGGAGAAAGAAGAUACUAUUAAACAGAGGACAAGUGAGGUUCAGGAUCUUCAAGAUGAAGUUCAAAGGGAGAAUACUAAUCUGCAAAAGCUACAGGCCCAGAAACAGCAAGUACAGGAACUCCUUGAUGAACUGGAUGAGCAGAAAGCCCAGCUGGAGGAGCAGCUGAAGGAAGUCAGAAAGAAAUGUGCUGAGGAAGCUCAGCUGAUCUCUACUUUGAAAGCUGAAUUAACAAGUCAGGAAUCGCAGAUCUCCACUUACGAAGAAGAACUGACCAAAGCCAGAGAAGAGCUGAGCCGCCUACAGCAAGAAACAGCAGAAUUAGAAGAGAGCGUGGAGUCGGGGAAGGCUCAGUUGGGACCUCUUCAGCAGCACGUGCAAGAUUCACAACAGGAAAUCAGUUCAAUGCAAAUGAAACUAAUGGAAAUGAAAGAGCUGGAAAACCAUAAUCAUCAGUUAAACUGGUGCAGUAGUCCACACAGCAUUCUUAUAAAUGGCGCUACAGAUUAUUGCAGCCUCAGCACCAGCAGCAGUGAAACAGCCAACCUUAAUGAGCAGGCUGAAGGCCAGAGCAACCUAGAGUCUGAGCCCAUUCACCAGGAAUCUCCAGCAAGAAAUAGUCCUGAAGUACCACCUACUGGUACAACUGACGAAAAAGAAGUGGUGACUGAACCUGUUAAUGAAGAUGUUUGUACUGAAUUUAACAGUGAUAAACACUCAAAAGAGGAAGAUCCAUUUAAUGUAGAAUCAAGCUCACUGACAGAUCCAGUUGCAGAUACAAACUUGGAUUUCUUCCAGUCUGAUCCUUUUGUUGGCAGUGAUCCUUUCAAGGAUGAUCCUUUUGGGAAAAUUGAUCCAUUUGGAGGUGAUCCUUUCAGAGGUUCAGAUCCAUUUGCAUCUGACUGUUUCUUCAAGCAAUCUACUACUGAUCCUUUUGCCACUUCAAGUACUGACCCAUUCAGUGCAGCCAGCAAUAACAGUAAUACAUCAGUAGAAACAUUGAAGGACAAUGAUCCUUUUGCUCCUGGUGGGACAAUUGUUGUUGCAGCAAGUGAUUCAGUGAAACCUGUCAACAAUGAGGAUCCAUUUAGUUCUGCCACAUCAACUUCUGUCAGUAAUGUGGUCACUACAAAAAAUGUGUUUGAGGAAGCAUCAGUCAAAAGUGAAGAUGUGCCCCCAGCACUGCCACCAAAGAUUGGAACUCCAACACGACCUUGCCCACCACCACCUGGGAAAAGACCCAUCAACAAAUUGGAUUCUUCUGAUCCAUUUAAACUGAAAGAUCCAUUUCAGCCUUUCCCAGGCAAUGAUAGCCCCAAAGAAAAAGAUCCUGAUAUGUUUUGCGAUCCAUUCACUUCUUCUACUACUACCACUACCAAUAAAGAGGCUGACCCAAGCAAUUUUGCUAACUUCAGUGCUUAUCCUUCUGAAGAAGAUAUGAUUGAAUGGGCCAAGAGGGAAAGUGAGAGAGAGGAAGAGCAGAGACUUGCCCGACUGAAUCAGCAAGAGCAGGAAGACUUAGAACUGGCGAUCGCACUCAGCAAAUCUGAGAUAUCAGAAGCCUGA